UAUGGAUCCUGAGGGAGGUCAAAAGUCUCUGGUGCUUUUCAAGCGUGCUCGCCUCUCCUUUGGCCGCUCCCAGUCAUGAGUUCGCGGGUGCGGACGGAGCCCCUGCGUGGGGACCCACCGCUGUCGAUCCCGGGGGACCCCUACUCGGUGAUAGUGCUGCUGCGGGGCUACUCGGAGCCGCAGGGGGCCGGGGGCGCGCAGAGGGCGGACGGCUCUGUGACGCUGGUGCUGCCCACGGCGUGGGAGCCGCGGCGCGCGCGUGGAGAGGACCCCGCGGGGCUGGACACGCAGGCCGCCCUGGAGCAGGCGGGCUCGGGCCCCGUACUAGUGGACACAGGAGGGCCCUGGGCCCGAGACGCCCUGCUGACCGCUUUGGCCGCGCAUGGCGUGGACCCGGACGCCGUGACCCUCGUGGUGGGCACCCACGGCCACUCAGACCACGUGGGCAGCCUAGCGCUGUUCCCCCGUGCCGCGCUCCUCGUCUCCCACGACUUCUGCCUCCCGGGGGGCCUCUACCUGCCCCACGGGCUGAGCGAGGCGUGCCCGCUGCGCCUGGGCCCGGGCCUCGAGGUGUGGGCCACGCCCGGCCACGCGGGGCUCGGUGACGUCAGCGUGGCGGUGGCCGGCACCUCCCUGGGCACAGUCGUAGCGGCGGGAGACGUGUUCGAGCGGGAGGACGACGGCGACACGUGGCGGCAGCUCAGCGAGGACCCCCCGGCCCAGGAGCGCAGCCGGCGCAGGGUGCUGGCGGCCGCCGACGUCGUGGUGCCCGGGCACGGCGGACCGUUCAGGGUCUUCAGAGAGCCCGGAGCCGCACGGGCUCAGGACCCGCCGCUGAGCAGCGCCGAAGGGAGCCGUGCCUGGGCCAUGAAGCCUCCCCGGGCUAGACCAGCCGGAUGA